UAAGGAAGCAGAAGUUUGACCUGUAUGAACAAGAGGACCAAUUUUGUAAAAGAACGUGGGGACAGAAAGAUAUUAUAACGUGUGUUUGAAAUGGUUUCAACACACAUUCACUUCGCAGGAAGAAUUUCUUUUUUCAGACCAAAAAGUUACUUCUAUCAUAGGUAGAAUGCUAGUCUUCACCCAGAAACUGCCAGGGUCCCAAUUCCCACCUAGGUACUAGGUACAUAUCCUUUCUGCUGGCCAUUGCCUCCUUUUAAAAUCGCUUGACAGUGGGCAGCAGCUUCUUGGUGCUGAAGCAGGAAUCAAGCAAGAGCCAUACAUCUUGAGCCUUACUAGCAUGGAAGAUUUACCCUGGCUUUCCUCAUGAAACAAGACAAGCCAAACAGUGGAUUUUGAAGAUUGAAAGAAAGAUAUUUUGCUAUUUCUGUACAUCAAAUCGUGCUAAAAUGGUUUGAAGGCAUGUUCUUUUCGCUGCAAUGCUUCAGAUGGCUUGGCAUUAGAACAUCACUACUGAAGAAUACUUACUAUUUGAGAAGCCUCAGGUAUUCAACUUGUCCAACCAUGACCUUCAGGCACAGAAAUGCAAAACGAAUUGAAGGACUCGAUAGCAAUGUUUGGGUAGAAUUUACAAAAGUAGCUGCAGAUCCUUCCAUUGUUAAUCUUGGGCAGGGCCUUCCAGAUAUAAGCCCUCCUAAUUAUGUGAAAGAGGAGUUAGCAAAAGCAUCCUCUGUGGAUAGACUGAACCAGUAUACACGGGGCUUUGGGCAUCCAUUGUUGGUGAAAGUCUUGUCCCAGUUGUAUGAAAAAGUUUGUGGAAGAAAGAUUGACCCCUACACUGACAUUCUGGUAACAGUAGGAGGAUAUGGAUCUCUUUUUAGUGCAGUACAAGGACUCAUUGAAGUAGAAGAUGAAGUGAUAAUAAUAGAGCCCUUCUUUGAUUGUUACGAGCCUAUGGUGAGGAUGGCAGGGGCAAAACCUGUCUUUAUAUCUUUGAGAUACAAACCUGCAGCUAGAGAUGUUCCAUCAAGUGCUGACUGGGUAUUAGAUCCCACUGAACUUGCAAGUAAAUUUAAUUCCAAGACAAAAGCUAUUAUAUUGAAUACCCCACAUAAUCCUAUAGGAAAGGUUUAUACAAAAGAAGAGCUCCAGAUAAUCGCUGAUCUCUGUAUUAAAUAUGACACCCUGUGUAUCAGUGAUGAAGUCUAUGAGUGGCUGGUAUAUACUGGGAAUAAACACAUUAAAAUAGCUACUUUGCCUGGAAUGUGGGAAAGAACAGUAACUAUAGGAAGUGCUGGGAAAACAUACAGUGUAACUGGCUGGAAGCUUGGUUGGUCUGUUGGUCCCGAGCAUCUGAUAAAGCAUUUGCAAGUUGUUCAGCAAAAUACAAUCUAUACGUGCCCAACUCCAUUACAGGAGGCAGUGGCACAAGCAUUUUUAAUUGACUUGAAACGCAUGGAUGACCCAAACUGUUACUUCUACUCUCUGCCCAGAGAAUUGGAGGAGAAGCGGAAUCGAAUGGCUCAGAUGCUCCUGGAAGCUGGGCUGAAACCUAUUGUUCCAGAGGGAGGAUAUUUCAUGAUUGUUGAUGUAUCCACACUAAGUGUAGAUCUGUCUGACAUGGGAAAAGAUAAUCCUUAUGACUAUAAUUUUGUGAAAUGGAUGAUAAAAGCUAAGAAACUGUCAGCUAUUCCUCUUUCCUCAUUUUGCGGUUUGGAAGCAAAGGGUCAGUUUGAGAAAUACAUACGGUUUUGCUUCAUCAAAAAAGACAGCACAUUGGAUGCAGCAGAAGUGAUCCUGAAAAACUGGAAGAAACAUUAAAUAAGAAGCUAAUAUUUCCUGUCACUUAAGAAGAAACCAUUCUUAUGAACAAUUGUACAUUUAAAAUCAGGCCCGGAGUUUCAUGUAAAAUAUUAAUUUGUUUAAGUUGCACUGUGCUGCCAUCUGCUGGAUGUUCAACAUUCAUAUGUUUUUAAAUACCCUCCAAAUCAUUGACUGUUUUCUAAAACAUUGGGAACCCUUCCCUCGCCAUGACUUUUUAAUCUACUAAAAUAGAAGAUAUACACUAGAAUUCAAUUUGAUGAAUUUUACAGCUGUACAAUUUUGGUUUCUUUUUGUUAAAAUACGCUUUUCUGUUCCAAGUGAAAUACUACCCCUAUGCCGACGUUCGAACUGCUCAUGUGAAAGCUGAAGGUGGAGCAGGGCAGUGUAAACAAGCCCAGCUGCCAACAUCUCAAGAUGCUUGGCUCUUCUAAUAUGCCUACUUCUUUGCAAUAUAUGAUAAGGGAAUAUGCAGCUUGAAACAAAUCUUUAGCUUUACUGUGAAAGACUGGAGAUUGUAUUAGUAAAAAAUAAAAUAAAAAAUACCGCAGCUGCAUUUAUCCAAAGAACCAAUAAUAGAAAUACAUAUUUUAAUAGCAAAUUGUUUGUAAUUUUGUUGGAUAGGAAGUAUGGACUCCUAGUUUCCUGCUCAAUGAACCUCAGCAGCAUAGUGCAGGUAAUUCUUGAAAUGAGGAAAGCCUUUUUAUGAUACAGUAUAUUUUGAGCAACUAACACAAUUGUUUGCUCAUCCCAGCGACAGAGAUACUGUAUACACAAAUGUUUCUUUGGGCAACAAAAAUUGAUAUCUGAAACUUUGCACAUAUAAUUACUAAGUAAGGAGAUAUGAUGCACAAUGUUUUUGCGUAGAUUUUACUGAUUCCAUGGGGAAAUGGCUACGGAAAAGAACAUGUUGAUUGAGAGCCUGGGUUUGCCAUUUUCUUGUGCUAUGUAAAUUACUUUUCUUACUGACUGAAUGAGGUGUGUCAUCUCACAUAUUAGAAGGGAUUUUUGUUCCCUCCAAAUCUACAGUAAUAAUCCUUGAGGAUGUGCUACAUGGUAUCUGUUAAUUUUUUGAAGCUGAAAGUUGAUUUAACAAAUAAUAAAAAAUGAACAGUUGCUAUACA